AAGGGAGAGCGCAAGUCGUGUAGAUCCUUAAGGCAAGUGCGGUAGAUACCCUUCACGAGGUUGCCGCCCUGUUAUUGGUCUAGUUCCCUAUGAAAUAGACGUAACAAAAACUACCGGGCGACCAAUGCAGGGAUGGAGAGGUCAUGUCCUUGCGUGUCCAUCAUCGACCAAAAAAUAGAAGGUGGACAGUAAUGACCUCCCGCGUGUUUGUGCCGUGCGCGGAGACCCGUACGGAGGGAUGAAGGAGUCCUGGUGGUUGAGUGCAGCAGUGUGCCGGCUGUUGUUGUACACUGUUCACAACACACCUCUUUGGUCUGGAUUUCCUCUCAAACGGGAGGUCGUGGAGUAGCUAACCACGAUCAAUCGGCUGCGAUUCCCCAUAAGCGGGCAGUCAAGCGAGGUUCGGUGGGCUGGGGGGUGGCAGUCGGCGUGGCGCGGCGCCUCGGGGCUAGCCUGCAUCAUUGUCUCGUGAUGUAGGUGUCCUCGUUGUGUUUCGCUGCGUGCGGACUCGUCUACUUUCCAACCUGCUGUACCUAUACCAAGGGAGUAGCUCUGACGAUCAUUCGCUGGAACGAAUGACGUCCCCGACGUGAGGGCUCCGUGGAGGGUGGAGAGCUCCCAAGGUGAAGUUAAGGAAAAAAACCACUCAUGGAUACUGAGACUAAAAAACUCAAAAACAAAAAACCGACACAGGCUGCGUCCUCGACUGCGCCAAACCAACAACCAGAAAAGGCUGCGUCCCAACAUGCGCCAAAACGACCACCACUGCCCAAGGCCGCGUACUUCGACGCCCAAGGGCAAACCACAAACAAAGAUGCGCCAAGCAAAGCUGCGUCCAAGGAUUUGUUGAGGAAGGCUACCGAUCGGGAUGCGCCUGACCAGGCUGCGUCCAGAAACGUACCAUCCAAGGCAACCAAGGAUGCGCCGAGCAAAGCUGCGUCACAAGAUCCGACAAGGAGGGCUGUCGAAUGGAAUGCGCCAACUCAGGCUGCGUCCCGUGACACACCAUCCAUGUCGGUAAAGGAUGCGGUGAAAAAGGCUGUGUCUGAGGACACGUUGAGGAAGGGCACUGAGCGGAAUGCGCCAACCCAGGCUGCGUCCCGUAAGGUACCUCCAGCGUUGGCCUUAGAUGCGCCUCCAAAGGCAACUCUUAACCCUCCGCCGAAGACAGGCGCUGCUAUGGGGGAACCAAGGACAAGCGCACUCCGGGAUGCGCCCAACAGGGCUGCGUCAGUGAGUGCGUCUUCCGAGGGGAACUCGGCAGCACUGAUGAAGGCGGAGGCGAAAGAGAGGUCAAACAAAGCUGCAUCCGACAACGAUUCUGACACCCCGGCAUUGGAUCUGUCGUCAUUAAAAGACGCAAUCCAAUCACCCACGAAACCGGGUCAAUGGAAGACCGUCACCAAACCCAAGUCGGCCUCAAAAAAGCGGCGCAUGAAGGCCAGAGCCAAAGCAGCAGCACAACGCGCAGUAGCAGUGGAUGCCGUAAGGCAUCAGCUCGGUACCUGCCCAAAGGCGACCAAACCGAAAGGGGAGGCGUCAACAAGUGGGACCAAAGCACCUGCAACUGCCUCGACAAGUGCUGCACUGACGGUUGGCCUUCAUAAACGCAGUAUGAAGCCCAGAGGCCGGAAAAAGACCAGGACAUACGACGACAAGACCGCACCAAGACCGCAGAAACGCACUCGUCCGGAGGACACGGUCACACCCAAAGGGGAGGGCAAAAAACCCAGAACCGCAGGAGCGAUGGGUAGGGGACCGACGUCAUACGCUGAAGCAGCUGCCAGCUUCCUGGCAAACGAACUGUGCGUUGCAGUCAUGGUAGAACCAUUUACCGACCUCAUACAAGACCAAGCGGAGGAUCUCAGAAGGCAGAUUGAAGGGAAGCUUAGACUCCAAGUCAAAGCCGACCUCAAGAUCCCUGCAGCAACAAGAAAAGACCUCAAAUUCCGUGGCAAGGCUCACUUCGCAGAUGGUGUCCUCAAAACAUGGUGUGAGGAUGCCUACACCCUAGCCUGGCUUGAGAAAAGCAUCACAGACAUGGUCUCACCAGUAGAAGGCUCGAGGCUAGUCGUUAGACCACAGUCGGCCAUACCGAAGAAGGUGCCGUGCCUGCUCUUUGUACCUGGAGAAAUCGAGGACUUGGCAGAGCUACGUGAACUUCUCGCGGGGCAAAACAGCAACAUGAGCAUCAACUCCUGGACCCUGACACACGAAAGAAUCAGAGCAGAUCCACCAGGAACCUGCCUAUUCUUUCGUAUUCCUGAAAAGGAUGUAGAAGUGCUGAAGGCCCAGGACAGAAGAGUCUACUACCUGAUGGGGAACAUCUAUGUUCGCUUCCUGGACACAGAUGUUUCCCAUCAAACACCUGCAGCCUCCUCGAAACAGACGGAGGCCACAAGCCUCGGCGAGCAGGUGGCGGAACCCGAGCCGACAACGUCGGCAAUGGAUGUCGUGACUGCGGCGGAGGACGUAGAGGCUCCGACGGCAAUGGAGGUGCAGGAACCAUCUUCACCGGGAAUUAUCUCGGAUGAAGAGUGCUUUCCGGCGGGGGGAGGAGAGAGCGAGGCCAGUGACAGCAUCCUCUACUCCUCCCCCCUACGGGAAGACUAAACUCCUGCAGGGAAACCUCCAGCACAGCCAAACUGCGACGGCCUCACUACGCAGAGUGCUGGAAAAUAACACCAAGACCAUAGCCCUGAUCCAAGAGCCGUGGAUCAGGAACAACAAAAUCUGUGGUCUCGGCAACAUCGCAGGAAAACUGCUACUGGAUACCUCCGUAAGUAAACCUAGGACCUGUAUUUUCCUACCAAAACAUGUUCCAACAUUAUUAAUAACCGAAUUCUGUUCAAGGGAUCUAACAACAGUCAGAAUAACCAGUGUAGAACAAAAUCUCCCGGACAUCGUCCUCGCCUCAGCAUACCUGCCGAGCGACGGGGAGGUGCCACCACCAGAACUCAGCCAGCUGGUCGAGUACUGCGAGAGGGAGAAGCUGGAACUGGUCGUCGCCGCUGACUCCAACGCGCACCACACGCUAUGGGGAAACAGUAAGACCAACAACAGAGGUGAGGACUUAGCUCUUUUUAUCUUUAGCAAUAACCUCACACUGCUCAAUAAAGGUUCCGAACCUACAUUCAUAAACGCUCGUUCACAAACCAUCAUAGACAUAACACUGACAUCGACAGGCAUCUCGGAGCAUGUUCGUGACUGGCACGUGUCCAACGAACUAUCAUGCUCUGAUCAUAGAUGGAUCCGCUUUACAAUCGACAUGCAGUUACCUAAACCACAGCCGAGACGGAUUCCUCGUAACACUGACAAAUUCAAAUUCCUGGGAUUGGUCAAAACGUACGUAGCAAAACAAUCCGUACUCUCAAUAAAACUAGACAAAACGGAAAUAGACAACCACGCAGACAACAUAACGUCCAUACUAACCACGUGCUACGAACAGUCUUGCCCUCUCACCGUACCCAAAAUCAGAGGUAGGCAACACUGGUGGUGUCUCGAACUAGAGAGACACCGCCGGAAG